AAUUUAGGAUGAGGCCAGUAAUAAUCAUUGCAGUCUGGGUUUCGAUAUUGGUUUUAAUACCUCCUUGUUGCGGACUACGAAGCAGAAGAUCCCCAGAUGCAACCAUAGCAACCACAACGCUGGAAACAACUCUGUUUACUGACCACCAGACAUCACCCAGCAGUGCCUUAAUAACCGAUACAUCUCGAGUUCCAACAGUUUCAACAGACAUAUCUCGAGUUUCAACUACAAUUAUAACUCAUUUCACAACAACUAAGGAUUACUUCCCAGAAAAUUCGCAAAUCGCCAUUGCAAUAAAUCAACAGUUUGGAGAAGUGUUUUUAACCCAGUUUACAUCCCCAUCUGUGCGCUGCGCCAUGGACCAUGUUUUCAAAGAAUAUAGAACUGUGUUCGAGAAUGACUGUAACACGGAAAACUUGCAGAAAAUCAGCGAGGAAAUAAAAGAGCUGUGUUAUGAUGAGUUAUGGUUUUACUGGCUAACCUUAGAAAGAGCCAAGAAAAAUGGAAUACGAGUUUGUAUAGAUUCAACGGUCAAAAUUGACCGAUGUCCAGAAACUGGCAUAUCUGACCAACAAUUCUGUGAUGAUUUCUACGUUUUAACACUUAAUUGUUCAUUGACCCCAAAUAACACAGAGGCCAACUCAUCAACUUCUACCUCAAACAACAAAGGAACCAUUGAACACAGUGAUGGAGUCUCUGUGGCUCUGUUGACUGGAGUAGCACUCAGCUGUUUUAUCUUUGGAAUACUGAUAACUCUACUGGUGGUAUUAAUAUUGUACAAAUGUCGUCAUCAAAUAAGAAAGCAAGAUGAAGCAUCAUCCAUAAGUAGCAGAAAUUUUCCCAAUUUGAGACGACAACAACCUAUGCCUAGAAAUAUAAGUGAAAUCUACGAACAAAUAGAAGUAGCUAAUGAGAUCCAUCAAGAAAAACUAACUAGUGUUUCAAAUGUAUCGGAAAAUAACUAUGAUCAGCUGAACGCACGAAAAUUAACAAAACAAAAAGUACCAGUUCGAUAUAUUUCACCCUUGAAAAGGGAUUACAGUUCUAAUGAUUUUUACACUUUUGAUCCCCGAAAGUCGGUGGAUGAUAGUGCCACACAAGAAAUCACAAAGUACGGUAAAAUCAGUCACAGAGAUAGAACUGAUUCUAAAAGUACCGACAGCAAGGGGAAUUUAUCCUCCAGCAAGCUGUCACAAACUCAAGCCAGGGAAGACACUACUACCACUGACAGUAAUGAAAACAUAACAGGGAUUGCGAAAAUAGAAAAAGAAAAAAGACCACUUUGUAUCGAAGAGGAAGAAGUUGAAGCAAACAUGGAUCUCAGAGAUGGAAUGGACGGGACUGACUGUAGAGAUUCUGUGGAAUGGUUCACCGGGGAAGAAGGGAAUAAAGAAAAGCAAAAUGUGGAUGAAAAACAGAAAGAUACAAACACAAAAGGAAAGGAAACAGGUGAUAUUUUGGAAGAAACUUCAUAAAGACGUGUAUUCUGGGUUUAAGAUGUAUUGAAGCAGGAGGGCAGAGAACUCAAAAUAAAUGGUAACGUGUAUUCGUGAAGAAAAGGUAAAAGAGGAAGUGGGAAAAGGAAAAGAAGAUAAGAAGGGGUCAAUGGAAACACGAGAUAUAAGACAGGGAGAUUAUUAUAAACUGGAGGCCACAUUGAGA